GAGCUGACAUGAUCUCUAUGACAGCAUUAGCAUCCGAAACUUUGACGAGAGCAGACCACGUCACACGUCACAUCGAAAAUUCGCCAUGGAACGGAGUCAUCUAUACUUGCCUACCCUGAGCUAUGCGGCCAUGGGUCACGUAUACGCCCCGUAUCACGGGAGCAGCUCACCCGCUCUAUCAGCAGUAUCGUCAACAUCAUCAUCGAAGCCGGAGCAGAUCGAGGAGCUGGUGUCCCAGCAGCUGCAUCAUCUCAAGAUGCACUACGCCGACGAGGAGCAACGCUAUGUGGACCAGAUGCUUCUGGAGAAUCCCAUUGUUGUGGAGCGCCGCGCACCGCCGCCGCUGAAAACGGAGAUCGCCAUGGAACGGGGAUCGGGUUCCGGAUCAGGUUCCUGCUCUGGAUCGGAGGUGAAGGAUGCCCAGCGCCAGAGGGCCGAGUCCUGCCGCAAGUCCCGCUACAACAACAAGAUCAAGAAGGCCAAGCUGCGCUUCCGGCACAAAUUCGUUAGCGGACAGCUGAAGAAGAGCGCCGUCAUGUUGGACACGAUGCGGGAUGUGAUAGCGCAGGCGGAGCGGCAGCUACUCGAGCGGGGAUUCCCCGCCGCCACCCUAGAGCGCAUGCGUGCCACCUUUGGCCUGGAAAUGGAGCAGUGAUAUCAUAUCAUUUAGUGUAGUUAUGUGUCGUAGGAACGGAUCCCUGACUAGUCCAGCAUUAGCCAUACCAUUUUUUUUCUUGUUGACUAUAUCUAGUAUUUAUCUAAGCAUAUUAUUAAAUUUUUAAAUAAAA